CGCCAUCCCAAACGAGGCGAUGAUAAUGGUCUAAUACGUCACUGGCUUGUCUGAUGCACCGCCCUUCCUUCGAAAUGUUGAGGGAAAUCACAGAGUUCAUAUUUAGCUGGACACAUACCGAGUAUAACAGUGAAAUAACAGGAUCCAUAUGACGGAGUCCGGACGAACUGUUGUGACGACAAGAUCCCUUCAUUUGGUGACUUUGUCAAAAGUGCUGUUCUGCAGCUGAGGAAACGAGAAAGUUUAGUGUAUAUAACUUCUAGAAGUUGAGAGAUGGAGAAACAGGCGGUGGAGUGUGCCAGGAAGGCCUACAUGUCUGGCCGGUCGCGGCCGCUGCAGUUCAGGCUUCAACAGCUGCACCAGCUCUACCGGCUCGUCACAGAGAAGGAAGCCGAGAUUUCUGCAGCUCUCAAGAAAGACAUCAACCGAAGCCAGUAUGACACCCCACUGUUUGAGCUAAUUGGACUGGAAAAUGACCUGAAGUUGGCCCAGAGCAGCCUGUCGGACUGGGCCGCCCCGCGUCCGGCCAAGAAGAACCUUCUCACGCUAUCGGACCAGGUGUACACGCAAGCCGAGCCGCUCGGAGUGGUUCUGAUCAUCGGGGCCUGGAACUACCCAUGGGCCCUCACUCUACAGCCCCUCAUCGGGGCCAUUGCUGCCGGAAACGCAGCUGUGGUGAAGCCCUCUGAGUUGAGCAAGCACUCAGCCGGUCUCCUAAAGGAACUGCUCCCUCAGUACUUGGAUCAGGAGAUGUACCCAGUGGUGUUGGGCGGUGUGCCUGAAACCCAGGAGCUGCUCCAGCAGCGCUUUGACCACGUCUUCUACACGGGCAGCAGCACUGUGGGCAAACUGGUGAUGGAGGCAGCCGCUCGCCACCUCACCCCCGUCACACUGGAGCUGGGGGGCAAGAGCCCUUGCUACAUCGACAAGGACUGCGAUAUAUCUGUAGCAUGCCGUCGUAUCACUUGGGGGAAGUUUGCAAAUUGUGGCCAGACCUGCAUUGCACCUGACUACAUCCUUUGUGAGUCUAGCAUCCAAGAUCGAGUUGUUCAAGAAAUUCAGCGGACAUUGCGGGAGUUCUAUGGCGAGGAUCCGAAAUGCUCGCUGGACUAUGGCCGCAUCAUCAACCAUCACCAUUUCGACCGCGUCAUGGGUCUGCUGGAGGGCCACACCGCGGCUGUGGAGGGCAAAAAUGACAGAGAAGAAUGCUACAUAGCCCCCACUAUCCUGCGGGACGUGUCCCCCCACUCUAGGAUCAUGCAGGAGGAGAUCUUUGGGCCUGUGCUGCCCAUCGUCACCAUCAACUCCCUGGAUGAGGUCAUACGCUUCAUCAACGACCGCGAGAAGCCCCUGGCUCUCUAUGUCUUCUCGAAAGACAAAAAGGUGAUAAAACGAAUGCUGUCAGAGACCUCUAGUGGUGGGGUGACGGUCAACGAUGUCUUCAUGCACUACACAAUGAACUCACUUCCCUUCGGGGGAGUUGGCAACAGUGGGAUGGGCGGCUACCAUGGCAAGCACACCUUUGACCGCUUCAGCCACCAGCGGUCCUGCCUCAUCAAGUCGCUGGGCAUGGAGGGCAUGAACCAGAUCCGCUACCCUCCGCAGAAUGCCGCGCACCUCAAGCGGGCCAAGUUCUUCCUGACCACGCGCCUCUGCAGCUGCCACCGCUUCUCCUGCGUCUGGGCUGUGGUGGCCACCAUGGCCGCGCUGGGACUGAUGAUCGCACUGCUGGUCGUGCUGCUCAAGGAAACACCAGAGUGAUGACUGCUGAUGCUGCUUAUCUUCUGAACCCCAUGAGAUGCGACACCACGGAACAUAUUUGUCAUAACAAGGGAAAUAACUAUUAUAUUACUAUAGUGUAAACAACUUACUGCUAUAGUCAUUUUGCACUUUUGUAAUACUACUAAACACAUUUUAAAAGCUGGCAUUUAAUACCAUAUUCUCCCCACAUUGACUAUUUCUACCUAUUUUUUUCCACAUUGUAUCAGAGUACAGUUUGAAAUGUUUUUUUCUUACACAAGAAUUCCAAAUGAAGUCCAAAUGACUCAUGAGCUAAUACAUAGUCAAAAAUAAUUUUCCAGCUUUUCAUUCUGUGUAUUUCUUCAAGUAAAGGUAGUUUUACACAGCAUGUUGAUCUGCUAUUUCAGAGGUAGAUUUGUUUACUGUUGAGCUGGAAUAUAAAACCACAUGAAUCAUGGACUAACUUGAAUGAGUUUUAUGAGUGUAUACAGAGUUAUAUCUGCCUUCAAAGCAUUGUAUAGUUGAUCAAGAUGUGUAUGUACAGUACUUUGUGUUAUACAGUAUAUCUGGCCUUAAAUGCAUUGCAUAGUUGUAGUACAAUGCAUUAACUUAAUUAUUACAAUGUUAUACAGGUGCUAUAUUUCCAUUUGUGCAAGAAAGUUCAAGAUGUAAACAAGAAUUUUGAUAUUAGCAUUACUUAUGAGAUGGUCGUCUGCAGAGCAACUCACACUGAACUAACUACAGGAAGUGAAUCUACCGUAGUUGGGGUUAUGUGCCUUCCUCCUCGCCCAAGGGCAUCAUGGUGGCUGUUCCUAGGAUGGAACUCACAACAUUAUUGUGUUUUUUAUUAUUAUUUCACCAGGGGCUUCUUUUCAGAAACUUCCACAAACUAAGUCUGAAAAUCUUAAGAUUGGAAGGCAUUUAGACUGGAGACGGUAGUUUUUGCUAUUACAGAAGGAGGUUUCCUUACCUAACUUGCGAGGAACUGGGAAUUUAGCCGUUACAGAGCCCUCCUAAAUUAGAAAUGCCUUAAGUUAGGAUGGGUAGUUUGGAUUUUUCUUUUCCUGUAAUGUGGCUCCAGAACCCCACCACAAAUGGGACCUUAUACUCGUGGGGAAAAUUCAAGUGUUGUGUUUUAAGGUUCUGACACUAGGUGGUGCCAUGCUGCCACCCAAAUGCCAUCCAUUCUUGCUUGAAGUCUGCCACUGUUUAGUUAUAUACUGACAUAGUGAUACCACGAGAGGAUUUUAUAUUGGUAAACUAAUAUACAAAACUAAUAUGAAUAAAUGCACAAAUGAAUGAA